ACGUCUGUGUCUUCCUGCUGUCCUACCUCGCCAGUGACGGGCUCUUCCCAUCCAGCUGGCUUUGGAGAAGCAGAGUCCUCCGGGCCAGUAUAGCACCUUGUGCUCUCCUUUGCUCCUUGCUUCUUUGUGGGAGACGGAAAAGGCUCUGGAGAUGGACCUGUCCUACAGAUCCACCAUCUCCAUCUAUAAGAGUAUCCUGGAGCAGUUCAACCCUGCGCUAGAGAACCUGGUGUACCUGGGGAACAACUACCUGCGUGCCUUCCAUGCAUUAUCCAAAGCGGCUGAAGUGUAUUUUAAGGCAGUUGAGAAGAUUGGGGAGCAAGCGCUGCAGAGUUCCACCUCACACGUGCUGGGUGAAAUUCUGAUGCAGAUGUCCAAUACGCAAAGACUCCUGAGCUCUGAUUUGGAAGUUGUGGCUCAGACCUUCCACGUGGACCUGCUGCAGCACAUGGAGAAGAACACCAAAAUGGAUGUGCACUUCAUCAGUGAGAGCCAGAAGCAGUAUGAGCUGGAGUAUCAGCGCAGAGCCACCAACCUGGAUAAGUGCAUGGCAGAGCUGUGGAGAAUGGAGAGGGCCCGUGAUAAAAAUGUCCGGGAGAUGAAGGAGAAUGUGGUGCGACUGCGCUCGGAGAUGCAGGCAUUUGUCUCUCAGAGCCAGAGGGAGGCUGAGCUGGAGGAGAAACGCCGCUACCGCUUUCUAGCUGAAAAACAUCAGAUGCUCUACAACACUCUCCUCCAGUUUUACAGCAGGGCUCGGGGCAUGAUCCAGACCAAGGUGCCACAGUGGAAGGAGCAGCUAGAGGCCAGCCGCAACCCCUCAAACAGCCACUCGCAGGGGCUUCUCGCGGCCUCCCAUGGUCAGGGGUAUCCAUCAGGCCGGCUCACCCCUACCCACCUUGAGAUGCCCCAGAGAUCCCUUGGGGACUUUGCUUCUCCCAUGACUGGGAGUAGAUCCAGCAUCUUCUCUCCAGAGCCUACAGAAAUGAGACUUUCUCCUCAACCAGAGCCCCCCAGGAGGCCGCUGCGGAGGACGCCAUCAGCCAGUUUGCUCACUACCGGCCGUACCUCCCGUUCAGGUUCUUUUGGCGAGGCCAGCAGCGGCGGUGAAGGCAGGAGGAGGAGUGGCACAGCAAGAGUGCAGGCUAUCGUGCCCCACAUGACAGGUGCCAACCGGACCCUGCUACGGUUUGACGCUGGGGAUGUCAUCACGGUGCUGAUGCCGGAUGCGCAGAACGGCUGGCUGUAUGGCAAGCUGGAGGGCUCAUCCACAUGCGGCUGGUUCCCCGAAGCUUAUGUCAAGCCUCUGGAGGAUGCAAGGGAGGCGGAGGAGGCAGCCACCAGGUCCUUCCCACUGCGAAGCAGUCACAGUAUGGAUGACAUCCUUGACCAUCCCAGCACUCCUUCCUCUAGCAAUUACUGGCCUGCCAUGGCCCAGCCCGGUUUGCCAAACGCACCUCCCCUCUCAAUGGGUACCAGCAGUCACCCAAGUGGGGUGGCCACCCCGGUCAGUUCUGGCUCCAAGAAAUCAGGAAUAUUUGACCAGCCCCCUGAACUCUUCCCACGAGGUACCAACCCCUUUGCCACAGUCAAGCUGCGUCCCACUGUCACCAAUGACCGCUCAGCACCCAUCAUCCGAUGA